AAAUUUUUCUCUUUCCUGUCACUUGCAGUUUCACUCCCUUCGCUAACGGCCCUGAGGACACGCCGGAGGAGAUUUUGGCUCGAAUCGGCAGCGGGAAGUUCUCGCUCACCGGAGGAUACUGGAACUCAGUCUCUGCUGAAGCGAAGGACCUGGUGUCCAAGAUGCUGCACGUGGACCCUCACCGGCGGCUGACGGCGGGUCAGGUGCUCCGACACCCCUGGGUGACGCACCGGGACCAGCUGCCCAAAUACACGCUCAACAGACAGGACGCGCCGCAGCGGGUCAAGGGGGCGAUGGCGGCCACGUACUCGGCCCUCAACAGGAACGUCCCCCCGGUGCUGGAGCCGGUGGGCUGCUCCAGUCUGGCCCAGCGGAGAGGCUUAAAGAAGAUCACCUCCACCGCUCUGUGACCUUUGACCUCCAUCACCUCCUGCCCCUCAACUCUGACCUCGAUCUGACCCCCGCCGGACCCUCCUCCUCCUCGUCCUCCUCGUCCUCCUCUGGUCCGGUCUCGGGGGGACAGACUACUGAUGGACCCAGGAACCGCUAACGCCAAAUAGGAACACAGAAAAUCACCCCGCCCUCUGACCUGCAACGACUCCUCUGAUUGGCUGGUUGUUUCUCAGCUUCACUGAUGGACGUCAAUCCCGUCUUUGCUCCGGACAAUCAGCGCCGCCUCGCAGACCCGGACACGGAGCGCGCUUCAGGAAAAUAAAAGUACUGUAUUUAUUUACUUUCAAAGAGACGGGGGUCUGAACGUAGGAGUAAUCUCAUGUAUGCAUUUAAAGAGCUCGGAUCUUCGUUUUUUCUCUGUCGUCAUGGUUCUGCGUAGCUGUUGAUCCCGUAUUUAAACCUCAAGUAGCCUCUGAGAUCGCGGCGUCUGCAGAGAAGGACAGAGUCCACGCUGGUGUUCGGCGGGCCGCAGCCUCCAAAUCAAAACUCUGAAAAGUCUAAAGAAACGUCUCUCAGGAGUUUGAUUUUUGCUCUGAAAACCUUUUUACUUUCUUCAAGAUUCAGCGUUUUAUCUCUCAGAAGAACAAAAGUCUAAACUGAGCGUCUCAACCUGCAGAUUUCUGAAUUUCUGUAAAGUCCAACAGUCCAAAAACACAC